AUGCCUCCACCUCAUCUUGUUUGUGCUGCAUUUGAUUAUGCCACUCAGAUCCCCUCCCAACACCUUCUUGGUGUGCUUAACCAUGAAGUGCCCGCUUUUGACCUUAUCAACGCGCCCAUUCCCCCAUACCAAAAGCCCUCACUGCUUCCUGACAUUCCUGUCUUCUUGCCUCAACCUCCAGAUCCUCAUCUCCUUGGUCCUCUUUCAAUUCCCAUCCCAUCGUUCGCUCCCUCACUCGACCGUGCAGCUCUAUGGGUAGAAUGGGAACAGGGCAAUCGUAGUCUUGCCCUUGAUAUCAGUGACUUGACCUACCAUCUCCCCUUCUGGCUCCCCCUCCUGUGGAUAUGUAUUCUACCGGCAACACAAGCCAAGGACAUGUGGGUGGCCACCUACGAGUGGGCACAAACCAAUAUCACUGCCACAUUAAUGCUGCCGAUAUUUGCUCACAUCCCCCCUGCUAUUGAUGCCUUCUUCCACACGGUUGGUUGGGACACUUGCAUUCUGGAUGGCCAACUCAGCACUCUCAACGUCAUCGACCUCUUCUCAGACUGGUGGCUUGCAGGAUCACUUGUAGAUCAUGUCACAAACAUGAUCCGGUCCUGGACUCACACAUAUCCAGUACAGUGCAGCUUGCUCAUUGACAACCUCAACUUUCAGGUACCUUUCCACCCUCCCAUCUCCAAGCUUGUUUUAUGGAACAAUUUUGAUGCUCCCCAUGCAAGGCACCUGUCACACAUCCACAAUGUCACCAAGGAGUUCAAGUCCGGUGGCUAUGAGGGCAUCAUCUGCCCCUUGUUUGAUUACUGGCACAGCCACUACACUGCUGCCAUCUUGGAUGCGCGUACCGAGACGGUCUACACUGGUGAUUCAAUCCGCAGCCAACCAUUUGGCUCCAUCGACCCUCAUGAUCUUGGUGGGUUCCAACACUUCAGCACGAAGAUUGGCAUGGAUGUCACAUCCAUGCCCAGCAAGCUCCACUGUUCUAUUCAGGACAACAACUUUUCGUGUGGUGUUGUGACUUGGAACACUAUUGAGCACUUUUUCCAGGUGUGCACCCCUGGGAUCCAUCCACCAAGAAUGCAGAGCGUGUUGAGUACGCAUUGGUGCUUGUUUCCCAGCCCAGAAGUUGCUAUAGCUUGCUGUGACAGUGACUCUAGUGACGGCUACAGUAGUGAUGGCCAUGAUAGUGAUGACUUCAGCAGCUACGACAGCGACAUCAGCACUGACCAUGACCACAGCAGCAGCAGUGAUGACAAUCUUGGUGAAGAACUUGACAGCAGCACAUCCACACCCACUUCACUCCCGCACCCAUCGCAGCCCACCAAACUCACAAAAACAAACCUCAGAACCUUUUUUCUAAAACUCUCUGAGGCAGCAGUCAAGGCUUUGCAUCAGCCCAGGCCAGAACUCAUUGCUGAUGUAGAGGAUCACCUACAGAAAGCAGAGCAUGAAGCAAAUCUCCGUGACAAGAUCCGCAAGAAGCAGAGGACUGCAAAGGACACAAUGCAAAAACAGGUCUACCGUGCCUGUCUCAAGGCUAAGAAGGAGGUGUUGGUUCAAUGCACAUCCCCUCCUCCUACUGCCCCGCAUGCAGUCUCGAUACCGACCCUGGACGAUUCAAGACCAUCUCCACAGCUCAAGCAAGUGGCCAAGAAAUGUAAUCCCCAUGGUCGCAAGCGCAAACAUACAAGAAACCCAGCCUGGCGAUACAAAUGGAGCAGCCCCACCAUGUUCCCGUACAUCAACGCAGCAGCACAUGCUGUUGGUGGUAACUGGGAACCAAAGAAGAUUCACGAUCACCUCAUGGCUGGCCCACUUUGGAAGGUGUUCAAACGUCUAUGGGCACAGACCAUUGGGAAAUGGAUAGAGCACCCUGAGGAUGGAUCUGGGCUGCGUUGGAAAGACCAGUCCUCACACAGGUGGCCUUGGGCAAUCUGGCUGAUGGAAAGGUGA